UUGGUACAUGGGACAACACUCCAAACAAUUGAGCCACCCACCCAGGGCAUAGGCCUGUGAAUUUUAAUAUUAAAGGUACUAUUCCAGCUAAAGUCCAGAUACGGUGUGUAACCCUUAAAGAAUUUGAGCUUAGAAGGCGGGUGGAGGCAAAUUCAAAUUAUACUUGUGUCCCUCUCUAAUGUGUGCUUAUGUGCAUUGUGCAUGCUUAUAUGCAUGUGAUUUUUGUAGCAUUACCAAAGUUUUCUGAACCUCUGAUCAUGUCAUUUAUUACACUGAUAAAUGAACCAUAAACAGCAGGGUUAUUUUGAGGAAUAAAUAAGCAAAUGUAUGUACAUCUCUAAGCACAGAAUCACAUUUACUAAAACUUUACUGUUACAGGUCACAAAUGGGUGAGUUAAACCUGUUUCUGUUAUGACUCACUAUCAUGAAGUGCACAUAAUUAUUAUUGCUGUUUUAGGAGGGUUUAUACUUCAUAAAUGCUACCUCAGACACACUGAAAUAAUGAAAUUAAGGGAAGUUGCAGCUAAUAUGACAGGUAAAGGGCAGGGUUUCAGCUACCACUUUUCUAAUAUAUCAGAUGGAGCAAUGAAAUUUUCUCUAAAAAUUCCUUCAUUCUAUAUCUUACAAGCCUACUGCCCUGUGAAGAUUGUUGAUCUUGAUAGUAGUUCUAUGACCCACCAACUGACAUUAUUAUCUGAUACAGGGGAUCUUCAGGGAUAAGUUUGCAAGCUUUCCCUCCUGUUGCUUAGACUGCGUGUCAAUGAAAAUCCAGAAGACAGUUGUCAGCUGAGCCAGUGACAAUGGAGUCACAAGAAGCAGUGUCCUUCGAGGAUGUAGCUGUAGACUUCACCCAGGAAGAGUGGGCCCUGCUGGACACAUCACAAAGAAAGCUCUUCACAGAUGUAAUGCUGGAGAGCAUCAGUCAUCUGGUCUCGAUUGGCAGUCAACUCUACAAAUCAGAUGUGAUUUCCCAUUUGAAGGAGGAAGAGCAACUUUCAAGAGAAGGGAUUGGUGUUCUGCAAGGCCAGAGUCCAGUCAUUUCACAUAGAAGAGAUGAUUUUGAGAAACAAGAAUUGAUAUCUACUCAACAUUUCUACAAGGACACAUCCCUAAUCAGUGCAGUGCAGAGAUUUUACACUCAAGAUCCUUUUGAAUGUAAUGAUUUGGGAGAAAAUUGUACUGAAAUCUUAACAUUGGCUCAGUAUGUGAUACCUCACGUCGGAAAGAAACCCCAUAUCAUACAAGAAUUUAGAAAAGUGAUCAGUUACUUUAAUCAACAUAAACAAAUUGAUGCUAGAAGUAAAUUGUAUGAGUGUCAACGUGGGAAUGCUUUGAUUCAACACUCUGCUGUUAGACAACACAAUAAUACUGAAGAUGGAGAGAAGACAUUUAAAUGUCAUGUAUGUGGGAAAGCCUUCAGUAAAGGUUCUAACCGUAGACGACAUGAGAUGAUUCACACUGGAGUGAAACCACAUGGAUGUCAUCUGUGUGGAAAGGCCUUCACUCAUUGUUCUGACCUUAGAAAACACGAAAGAAUUCACUUUGGAGAGAAACCAUAUGGAUGUCAUCUGUGUGGGAAAGCCUUCAGUAAAAGUUAUAACCUUAGACGACAUGAGAUGAUUCACACUCGAGAGAAACCACAUGGAUGUCAUCUAUGUGGAAAAGCCUUUACUCAUUGUUCUGACCUUAUAAAACAUGAAAGAACUCACUUUGGAGAGAAACCAUAUGGGUGUCAUUUAUGUGGGAAGGCAUUCAGUAAAACGUCUUACCUUAGACAACAUGAGAGAACUCACAAUCGAGAGAAACCACAUGAGUGUCAUCUAUGUGGGAAGGCCUUUACUCAUUGUUCUCACCUGAGAAAACAUGAGAGAACUCACACUGGAGAGAAACCGUAUGAAUGUCAUCAAUGUGGAAAAGCCUUCACUGAUUCUUCUGUCCUUAGACGACACAAGAGAACUCAUACUGGAGAGAAACCAUAUGAAUGUCAUUUAUGUUGGAAAGCCUUCACUGAUUCUUCUGUUCUUAAACGACAUGAGAGAACUCACACUGGAGAGAAGCCAUAUGAAUGUCAUCUAUGUGGGAAAGCCUUCAAUCACUCUUCUGUCCUUAGAAGACAUGAAAGAACUCACACUGGUGAGAAACCAUAUGAAUGCAAUGUAUGUGGUAAAGCCUUCAAUAGAAGCUAUAACUUUGGACUGCAUAAGAGAAUUCACACUGGAGAGAAACCAUACGAAUGUUAUCUAUGUGGAAAGGCCUUCAGCAAAUAUUUUAACCUUAGACAACAUGGGAAAACGCACACUGUAAAGAUUAUAAAUGUGGAAGAUUCACCACCCAUUGUUUCAAAUUCUAAACACUCUUGAGGACUCACACAUUGAAAACACACCAGUUUGUAAUCAGUGUGGAAGAGCCUUUAUUCAUCCUUAUUUCAUUCAGCCGAAGUUAAUUCAAGAUGGAGGGAAGCCCUAUGUGUGGACUGACCUGGAGGACUCAGAUUGUAAAGGAAUGAGUGUGUACGGGUCUUUGUUCGCAGUUCUCUUAAACAAAAUGGAGAAAUUGGAGGCUGGCCCUGGCGGAUGAAGUUAGGUGUGGUGCCUGCAGUGUGGUGAUGGUGGUGGUGGGGAAGCAGAGCAGGUGGCUGCAGCAGGGUGUGGGUCAGGGGACUGGUGAACAGGGAGGCUGGGGCUUGCAGGCCCCCAUUACAACAGGAUCUGGACUGCAGCCUGGACCACAAGGCACUGCUGGCUAGAGCCACUGUCACCACACACAGGGUGGUGGGCACUGUGGCAGGGAUUCUGAAGCACUGUGUGAUGUACCCCAUUGACUGCAUCAUGGUGAGACUUGGACUGGCUCUGAAUGCAACCUGGGGUUGACCCCACCCCUCGUUCCUGUCCAGAGCCAGGACUCCAUCCAAGAGCUGGAGCCGACAUGAGUUCCUUCAUGGCUCCUGCCACCACCACACAGUUUGACCAUACUCCAUGUAAGUAAGUUCUCAGCUGGGAGCUGGUCCCAGUCAGGAACCAGGACCCACUUCUAAACAUCAGUGAGAUCUGAAUCAAGACUCGAAUGAAAAUCUGUCAGCCCAAACCCUGAGUCUCAGCUGGGACUAAGCAGGAGGAGGGUGGGCAUGGUAUGAGAACAAGUGCAUGCUGCUAACUUGAUUAAGGUGAAGCCAGCUGGCAUGAAUCAGACCCUUAGUGCCCUGAGAUGUUCUCUGGGCAAGUGCUUUUACAAGAUCCUGCUGUGUCCUCCCUUAGAAGUGA